CCAGCCCCGGGGCUGCGCCGGCGAAUCGGCGGGGCUCGCGGCCCGGGGUGGGAGGCGGGUCUACCGCGCGGCCGCGGCGGCAGAGGAGCAGCUCGCUAGCCUGCAGCCCGCGAGCGCCGAGCGAGCCGCUCGGAGGAGAUGCACUUAAAACCUACCAUGCCCAUGAUUCUGGAUUCUGUCUCCAGUGCUGUAAACCAAACCAACCAGACAAAUAAUGAAACAAAGUAAAACAAGAACCCAGAAAGGCUCAGAGAAAAAUGGGUAGAUUCACCAGGCUCUUUCUAUAGUGUGGAUUGUUGCCUUUAGUAAGAGCAUGUCGUCCAUCUUGCCAUUCACUCCACCAGUGGUGAAGAGACUCCUAGGAUGGAAGAAAUCAGCUGGUGGGUCUGGAGGAGCAGGUGGAGGAGAACAGAACGGACAGGAAGAAAAGUGGUGUGAGAAAGCAGUGAAAAGUCUGGUGAAGAAGCUAAAGAAAACGGGACGAUUAGAUGAGCUUGAGAAAGCUAUCACCACUCAAAAUUGUAAUACUAAAUGUGUUACCAUACCAAGCACUUGCUCUGAAAUUUGGGGACUGAGUACACCAAAUACGAUAGAUCAGUGGGAUACAACAGGCCUUUACAGCUUCUCUGAACAAACCAGGUCUCUUGAUGGUCGUCUUCAGGUUUCACAUCGAAAAGGACUGCCACAUGUUAUAUAUUGUCGGUUAUGGCGCUGGCCUGAUCUUCACAGUCACCAUGAACUCAAGGCAAUUGAAAACUGCGAAUAUGCUUUUAAUCUAAAAAAGGAUGAAGUAUGUGUAAACCCUUAUCAUUAUCAGAGAGUUGAGACACCAGUUUUGCCUCCAGUAUUGGUGCCACGGCACACUGAGAUUCUCACAGAACUACCACCUCUGGAUGAUUAUACCCAUUCCAUACCAGAAAACACUAAUUUCCCAGCGGGAAUUGAGCCACAGAGUAAUUAUAUCCCAGAAACGCCACCACCUGGAUAUAUCAGUGAAGAUGGAGAAACAAGUGAUCAACAGUUGAACCAAAGUAUGGACACAGGAUCUCCAGCAGAACUGUCUCCUACUACUCUCUCCCCUGUUAAUCAUAGCUUGGAUUUGCAGCCAGUUACUUACUCAGAACCUGCAUUUUGGUGUUCAAUAGCAUAUUAUGAAUUAAAUCAGAGGGUUGGAGAGACCUUCCACGCAUCACAGCCCUCACUUACUGUAGAUGGCUUUACAGAUCCAUCAAAUUCAGAGAGGUUCUGCUUAGGUUUGCUCUCCAAUGUUAACCGAAAUGCUACCGUAGAAAUGACGAGAAGACAUAUAGGAAGAGGAGUGCGCUUAUAUUACAUAGGUGGGGAAGUUUUUGCUGAGUGCCUAAGUGAUAGUGCAAUCUUUGUACAGAGCCCCAAUUGUAAUCAGAGAUACGGCUGGCACCCUGCAACAGUGUGUAAAAUUCCACCAGGCUGUAACCUGAAGAUCUUCAACAACCAGGAAUUUGCUGCUCUUCUGGCUCAGUCUGUUAAUCAGGGUUUUGAAGCCGUGUAUCAGCUAACUAGAAUGUGCACCAUACGAAUGAGUUUUGUGAAAGGGUGGGGAGCAGAAUAUCGAAGGCAGACAGUAACAAGUACUCCUUGCUGGAUUGAACUUCAUCUGAAUGGACCUCUACAGUGGUUGGACAAAGUAUUAACUCAAAUGGGAUCCCCAUCAGUGCGCUGCUCAAGCAUGUCAUAAAACUUCAUCACCAAUCAAGUUCCAUCAAAAGACUUAACAACUCUUCUGUUAUAGUAUUUGUGUGUGGUCCCCAUGGACUAUCUGCUAUCCAAAAAUUCCAGAGAGAAAACAGCACUUGAGGUCUCAUCAAUUAAAGCACCUUGUGGAAUCUGCUUCCUGUAUUUGAAUAUUAGAUGGAAAAAUUAGUGUCUAGAAAUGCCCUCCCAUAAAGGGAGAAGAGAAGACUUAAAGACUUACUGAUGUCUCGUUGGGCAUAAGACUAAAUGUCCCAAAGGUUUAUUAAUAACAGUAGUAGUUAUGUGUACAGGUAAUGUAUCAUGACCCAGUAUCACAGUAUUGUGCUGUUCAUACAUUUUUAGUUUGCAUAAAUGAGGGGUGCGUGUGUGUGUGUGUGUGUGUGUGUGUGUGUGUGUGUGUACACGCACGCGUGUGCGUAUGUGUGUGUGCUGCUUCUUGAUCUAGGCAAGCCUUUAUAAAGUUACAAUACCUAAUCUGUUAUUCCCACUUCUCUAUUAUUUUUGUGUCUUUUUUAAUAUAUAAUAUAUAUAUCAAGAUUUUCAAAUUAUCAUUUAGAAGCAGAUCUUCCUUGUAGAAAAACUAAUUUUUUCUGCCUUUUACCAAAAAUAAACUCUUGGGGGAUGAAAAGUGGAUUCCCUUUUGAAAUCUUUGACCUUAAUGUGUUCAGUGGGGCUCAUCACUUGUCCUUUUUGUGUUUACCACUAAGUCUUAUAAGAAACCCAUAUUGAAAACCUCUCCAAACCUCUUUCCUUGAUCCCCCUUUUGUUCUGAUACCAAAACAGUGCAGUGUGACAUCAUUGCUGUUAAUAAUUGCACUGAUACUGCUGGCACCAGUUAACUUCUGGGUCCAGUAAACAUUCAUAUGGAAUAAAUCCCUUGUCUUACAACUGGAUUUCAGCAGAUUCUGAUUGACUUAUAUAACCUAUCAGUUUAUUGAUUUAACCUUCCACCUCAUAAAGAAUGCACAAGUGGCAGUAUAAUUAUUUUCAGGGAUAUGCUAGAAUUCAGUAUAUUUAUCCUUUUUAAAAGCCAAUCUAUAAAUAUAAGUACCCUUUUUUAAAAGGUAUUUUAAGAUAUUUCAGCAGCAGACCUGCUCUUUGAGUAGCUUCAUUUGAUUUAGUUACCAGAUUGUAUUAUGAAACGGACCUUUUGUAAAUGUAAUUGCUUCUGCAAAAUACCUAGAAAAGAGAUGCUGAGGUAUGAUCAGCAGAUAAGGGCCAUCUGUUUUUAAAGUAUGUUGUAUUCAAUUUAUAAAUUCAAUGUUAUUUUACAUAGUUACCAAUUCAGAAUUCUAAAAAUUGGAGGAGAAACUUCAGCAGGGUUUUGUUUUGUUUUUAAGCUUACAAUUAGAUGUCCGAGCUGUUCUUAACUAAUCCUGGGUGUGUAGUUGACCAUAUUUUACACUCUGCAAUGACAGAAGAUUCCAAGAGCUCUGUUGGUCAUCCAUUCUUCAGCAAAUAAUGAUUAUGUCUAAUGUUGACUCAUUGCAAUGUAAACAUUUCUUGUUUGCAUCUGAGUAGAAAUGGAAAAUAACCACUUAACCCCUUUUCAUAAAUUUUCAUAGUUUUGAAGAUAGAAACCUUUGGUACUUGUUUUUUGAAACCAUAUUCACUUGUGUGUACAGGUAUCAUUUUUGAUACUGUCAGCAUUGGGUUGUUUUUUAUUGGAUACUCCCCAUUUUCCUAUUCAUGUGUAUAUGUAUGUGUUCAUGUAAAUUUGGUAUAGUAAUUUUUUAUUCAUUCAACUAUUUAUUGUUCACCUGUUAUGUGCCAGGAACUUUCUUAACCUUUGGGUAAAGGUGAACAAGACAGCUAUAGCUCCUGCCUCUGCUGAGACAGCAGUUAUCUAACACCUAAUCAUCUUAUGUGUCUGUGAAGGAGAUAAACAGGGUACUAUAAUAGAGAAUAACAAAUGGGAUGCUUCAGAUAGGACAUCAUCAGGAAGGCCUCUAAGGAAGUGAUGCUUGGGCUAGCACCUGACCUAGAAGAAGCAAGCCAUGUGAAGAACCAAGGGAGAUAAGCACUCCUGGUGAAGAGAACGGCAUCAAGUGCAGAGGCAUAUUCUAAAGGAAACUAUUAGGUGGUAAUGCUUUAUAAAGAAACCUCUCCACAAAUUCAAACUUGAAGAUCAGAAUGGUUCUACAGUUUAUAACACGUUGAAGGUGGCCUUAUUUUGUGAUAGACUGCUUUGUGUCAUUCUCACUAAUAUAUCUUCUUCAUUAAAUCUUGGCUGUAAAAUUUAUUAGCACCAGGUCAGUACCACUUAAUAUGGUAUAACUACCCAUGCUUGUGCAAAUUUUCACCAGUGUGGUGACUUGCUUGCUUCCAGACAUCCUGCUGCCCUCAAAUUAUUACUUCUGCCCAACUUGUGAUUAAAUGUCCCAGGUGUUAUCAUGGUGGGGCCUGCUGAUGAUAAUCAGUAGAGCCCUCUGUACCUCAGUGGCAGUUUUUACAUACUUGAGAAGUGUAUACUGAUGCUGGGGAACAUUCCUGGAGGCAAAGAUUGAAAGCUGUAAAAGAUUCCAGCAGUUACAUAUUAAAUGAAGUGGUGCCAGCAAUGGCAUUUCAGCAGUGGGUGUAUCUCCACAAUUCAGGUGGGACUUUUUCUGUACAGUGUGAAACCAGGACUGAACUCUUUGCAAACACUUAUUGUAUUGAGCAGCUGUACCUCUUGAGCAGUUAAUUUCAUCAUCGUGAUGAUUAAAUUUAUGUGACUGUUUAAUGACUAUAUUUGUUUUUAUAAGAUAAUGCUUUUGCAUUAUAUUUUGUCUACUAAGGCCUAAUUUUUAUUGACUGUUUUCCAUUGAAGGGAUGGUUUUUAUUCCAAGCUAUAAGGUCUCCUCUGUUGAAUUUCAUCUUUAUUAAAAUUAGUAACAUUACUUAGACGUUAUCCUGCACGACACUGUUGGUAAACCUCAGUUUAAUGCCAUGAGAACGCAAUGACUCUGUUGCUGUCCUGCCUGUUAAAUGGUUUGCCCAGUGGCUCCAGUGAUAUCCCAGGGCAGGCUUAGGAUGUGGAGGCUGUUGGAGUUCCCACUGAUCCCAGUGGCAGGUGAUUUUACUUUAUAGUGGAGCAGUGCAUGAGAUUUCUUUUGAAAGAAGAGUUUGAUUGUUUUUAAAACAAGCUUUGGAAAGUCUUUAUAAAUGGAUUAGAAAUAUAACUGGAUAUAGGCCAAUCUUUUACAAUGCCACCACAUUGUGCUUUUUUUUUUUCAUCUUGUUUAAAGAAACGUACCUAAAGGUAUGAACCACACCAGUUGUACUGACUAUACAUUAUUGAGUAUAUUUGGUCAGUGAACACUUACUGAUUGAUGCCUGUUUACCUAGCCACUGUGAUAGAUGUUGAGUAGUAAAAACAUGACUAAACUUGGUCCUAGCCUUCAAGUAGGGUUGAGUCCUUUGGGGGUUACUGUUGCCCUCGGGGCCUGUCACUGCCAGAAGGAAGUCUGCUUAAUUUUUCUUGAAGGCUAAAGAUUCUAAUCUGUACUCUAACUCUGUGUUCUAAGUAUAUUUUUGCAGAUUAUUUAAUAUCUAGUUACAUUUUUUACCUUAAACCACGUUCAGUUUUGUCAGAUUUUCCCCUUUGUUAAAAUUAUUUUAAUUUCACUUGAUUUGUGCCUUUGUUGUCAGUUGCAUCAAGACUAAGACUUUGAUCGUAAAAAGUAGUCUGUAGUCUCUCACUAGUUUAAAUCAAAGCAUAUACCCUGUUGGUUUCUCUACCUCUUCUAAAAAUUGCCCAUAUAUACCUUCAAAGUCUAUCUUUUUUUGAAUUACUAAGUACUUUGAGCCUUUACUCUAUAUUAGACACCCUCUUGGUCUGAGGAUGGGGUAGGUUUAUGGUGGGAUGUAAAGAAACAAAAGACAAUCUUUUCUGUACUUAAAAUCUCUUUAUGUGCAGUCUUUGCUUUAAAAGCUGAACAUUCCACUUGCCCCACUUCGUGCCAUCUCAACUCUUUUUUUAGAUAACUCAGUCUUUGGACGUGAACAACUGAGUUCUUGCCUCCUUUCAACUAAAGCAUUCAUAUUUAAAUCAGAUUACCCUGUUUUUUCCUUUCAUGUGCUUUACCAAAUCCUUUGUGUUUCUCACCUGAAUUUUGUCCUUCCUUUUGCUGACGUGUAUCCAUGUGACACUGGCUUUGUCCUCUGUCAGCCAUACUUCAUCUGCAUACAUUAGAACAUGUCUCUCCUUUGAACUUUACUAUUACCCAUAAAGGAGGGUGCUUUUUAUAUCCCAAGUCCUUAUUUCUUUACCAAGGAAAUUGAUACUGUUAAAAUUGGGUUGCCACUUCAAUCUUAGAAGCAUCUGAAAUUCUCUGCAGUUCAUUGUCUUUGUGACUGGCAAGUAGCAAAUUAUCAAAUCUAUUUUGGUUGCAUUUAAAAUUACGAGUUGUGGCAGUCGGAGCCAGUGCUUUCCCUCCAAUACUAGCCCUGUUUUAUCUUGGGGGUCAUAUUUGAGUUUUGUGUUGAGUACAAUCAGGAUGCAAAUGAUUGGUCUCUAGAGAAAGUCAGAAUUCUGCUAUUGCGUUCCAUUUCUGUUUUCCUUUUCAAGAUUCUUAUGAAUGUUUUGUUUGUUCAGACUACCUUUUAUGUGUAAUGCUUGAGAGAAACAUUAUCUUUUGGAGUAGAAUUCCUGUGUUUUGAGCCUCUCAACCAGGAAAUGUGAGCUAUAAUAGGCUCGUGAUAGCCUUUAUGAUGAGAACUUGUCUCACGUGUUGAUGCAGUUUCUUGAGUUAGGAACUGUUUUAUCUUUGAUACUGUAGUUAACUUUAUAUAUAGCAGAACUGCCUCAAACUUUUUAGCAGGAAAUAUAGUAUAUCAUAUAUGUGUAUGAGUUUAAAUACACAUACUCAGAAAACCGUGUCAUUUUAACAAUGGUGAAUAUUGUUUGAAGUCUCAGAUCUCAAUAAAAGCUUUUUAAUUUGCUUGCAGACAUUUUCCUUUCACAGACAGACCAUCAGUGUAAAUUUUAAAAAAUUCUCCCAGAGGCCUCAUUUGGCACCCAUUAGUAUGCCAUUUUUAGGCAGCUUGACAAGAAUCACAGGUGGAAUUCAUUAAAAUCAGAUGAAACUUUCCCACAAUACCCCAUCAUUAAAUUAGUAGACAUCCAAUCCAGUGGCCUCUGGAAUGUACCAACUUUUAGUAUUAACUCUUAAAAAACAGUAGGUUGUAUUUCACUUAGGCCUCACGCCCCGCGCCCCCGUAAAACUGCUGCUUCAGAUACCUGUAGAGAUCAGAUUCUUCUGUAUCUGGCAAUAGCCCGAAGGUGCAGACCUUAGGUGGGCUCGAUGGAAACAUUUCCUGAGGUACCUUGGGCCAGCCCUAACCCACAGGGACUUGGCCAAAGUACUUCAGUCAGUGUUAGCUUGCUGCCAUAAGGACCACAGGGGACCCAAAAUUUCACUAUGAUGCUUGAGAUCCAGUAAGGACCCUUAAAAGAACAAUGUCACUGCCAUUUUAGGUGAGGAUUAACUCCACCCAGGGAACUCUCAAAAAUCUAGAACUUGCCAAAAGAAUGAUCUCCAACAGAAUAAACUCACCUGAAAUUCCCAGUUUUAUUUUUUGGGGGUGGUAAUUAAAAGGAUUUGCUACCUGUUUCUAACUUUGAAGUUCUUGGCUAUGUUACAAUGUUAGUCACUAGGUAACUUGCUACAUUUCUAGUUCUAUAUAUAAGUUCUGCCCUUUAUGAUGCUGUAGCAUAGUUCUUAGAAUUUUUCUGGAGGAAGUCUUAAAGUCCCUGUUCUUGGAGUGAAAUUUUCCUUUUAUCAUUGAGUCCCUAGGAAACUGUGUUUGCACUUUCAGUAUUUACAUUUGUGGAUGGUUCAAGCUGAAAAGAAAUGUGAAAAAGGAUAGGGUCCUUUUCUGGUGAAUAUCUAGCCUUGCCUUAAGAAUGUAGUCACUUGUUGAUUUAUAUAAUUAAUAUACACAGAUUAAAUCAGGAAAAAUAAUUGUAUAUGUAGCAGUUAGGUAACAUGCAUGGAUUUUUAAUUAAGAAUACUAUUUUUUUGGCAAAAUACACAACCCAAAUUGGGCAUUUUUUAGACCACUUUUACCUCAGGCUUCAUUUUUGCUUUUAUGACCCUGACUUUUAAGGCAUACAUAUUUGUACCUUUUUAUCAGUGAUAAUGAUGCUGUGGCACUGAACAUUUAUAUAAGAAGGUAAAAUAGUUCUGCAGUCAUUGAAUUAGAUCACAUCAUUGUAGACAAAGUAAGUACUCCUAUCUGAGAACAUUUUCGCCAUUCUUUUCCCAAGGCCAACCCUUCUGUUGGACAUAGUUUAAUGUAAUUCUGGGCCCUGGUAAAUAUCUCCAGUUGGCAGUCAUCCUCUCGAUAUAUGAAGCAAGAAUGUGGGCAAUAGCUGGUGUGGAAUAUUUCUACCUAAAAAAAUACGAAGAGACACAAAAACUGGCUUAUUCAUUUAGCUCUGAAAAUCUCAAAAGCAUACCGUAAAACACUAUAACCAAAUAAACCAGAAGAACCUUAGGAAGUUUUGUCUGAAAGCAUUUCAAGAGUGAACUUUGAUGUAUUACUAAGUUUGUGUGGAUGCUUACAAAUAUUCUUAAUGCCUUUAAAUAUGCUUUGAGACCUCCUAUCGUUUUAGUGAGGAGGUACUGGCCAUUAACAAGUGAGCUGAAUACACUUUAAGGGUUAAUGUCCUUAAAUGUAACCUUAGCUCUUGAAAAGUGUUAACUUCUGCCAUGUGAAGAAUGAGUGAGGCUGUCCUUAGGAAGACCUGCUGCCCAGAGAACUUGGAGAGUGGUUUCUUGAAUUUGGGACUCUGCUGGAUGCAGGUGAGUCCUAGGCACCCAGGAGGAAAUUGACUGCUGUAGGUGUUCUUGGGAUUUACUCACUUUAUGACAUCACUAGCUUUUCCGCUCAGCUGCCUCAAGUCUGUCACCUUUUCCAAUAUUGGGAUGUGUUUCCUCUGAAUGGAACCUGAGGUUUAUAACAAAUGGCUAAAAACACCAACGUAGUGAUAAGAUAACGUUUAGUGACCCAGGAAAGGUAACUGGUUUAAUGGAACAAAGAAGAGGUAACUAAAUAGAUGAGUUCUUGGGAGCUGUGUAUAUCUAAGUAUAAAUCAUGUGUCCUUAUAUGGUUAAAUUUAAUGUGAAAUGUAAAUUUUUCACAGUAAAAAAUUGAGUGUGAUUGUGGAGUUUUCCUCUCAAGGUAAAAUAUGGCCUUUGAUGCCCUGACCUUUAUUACAUUUCUUUGGCCUGCUCAAGAAGCCAGAAUGUGGUGUUGUAUUUCCUCUGGUGAAUGUUAUAUUGAUACUAUUAAAUGCACCAGCCAAUAACAGGUGAAGGAAUUGAGUAUUCGAUGAAGACUAAACUACUGUAUUUGCUCUCAAGUCUUAGGUCCUCCUAGUUUUAAGGUGCUCUCCAGCUAGAACACCACGCAUGUGAGCCGAGGCUUUCCUAAGGCAGUGUCAGCUUUGUAAUGCAAGAUGAUGGAUGCACACUCUGUUCUUGUUCCCUCUGCUGGUCCUCUGUGGCUGCAUCCUCUGCGCACUGUGAUGGGGAUGUUAAAUGUGUCCUAUGUAAGCUUUCCUCCUGUGACUGUCAGAAAAAUGAUGUGGUUUUUUUUUUUUAAAUGAACUGGGUCUUCAUUACAGCUGGCUUUCAAGUUAAAAUUGUGAAAUAAUGAUUUCUUUUCCUCACCUACACCAAUUUUUUAGUCUAUUUAAAGUAUUAAAUAGUUCUGCUUAAGAAAACAUUGCUUAAAUGCCCUGUGAUUUCUGGUCUUUUUUAUAUAUAUAUUUGUGUGCAUCUGUAUGUGCUUUUCACUUUUUACGUUGUUUGCUCUCUACCUGUGUUACGUACUGUCACCACUGAAAGGUGGACAAUUUUCCUAGCAUUAAAAAAAGCCAUUUGAGUUGUUUACCAUUUA